AUGGUACUUCUUCGUUGCUGCUUAGCUGCUAUACUGAUUAUCCAAGUAGUCUUUGGUCUUGGCAGCUAUAAAUCAGUUACUGUUAAAGGUCAAGUUGGAUGUGGCGAUUAUGAAGUAUCCAAUGUUACUGUUGAACUUUGGGAAAAAGAUCGUGCUGAUCCAGAUGAUUUGUUGAAUACAACCACAACAGAUAAACAUGGCAAAUUUAGUGUUUAUGGAGGAGAAAAUGAAAUUGGUAAUAUUGAACCAUAUCUUCGAAUUAUACACAGUUGUGAAAAUGGUAAAAUAAAUCCGAAAUGUACAAUCAAAGAUAACUAUAAGAUUCCGAAACAGUAUGUAAACGGUGUCUACGAUAUGGGAAUUGUUAGUCUGAACGUUGUCCGAGAUGAGCACAAAAAGAAAUGUGUCGAUUAA